AACUCCUAUAUUCCCUCCCUUGUAUUCAGUAUUCACCAACCUUUACUCAUCCAUAACCAUAGCUCCUCCAUCUCUCUGUUAGUUCUCUGCUUCCUCUCUUCAUUUGGCUCUCUAAUUCUUUAGCUACUGUUUUGCUUUUCUAUUGAUUUCAGCAGUCCUUUGUUGUCUUUAUUUUCUUUUAUCUUGUUCCACUCUGAUUUCUUGGUCUAUUUUGUUUUUGCUCUGAGAUUUCAAAAAAAAAAAAACAAAAUCAAAAUGUUUCUUGAUAUCUUUAUCUCCAUCUUCUCUGAGUUCAUUAAAGAACCCAUCAUGGAAUUUGUUGUUGUCCCAAUCAAACGACAUAUCAGCUACCCUUUCACCUAUAAAAGCAAGGUUGAGAAACUCCAUCAUGAGUCUGAGAAAUUGAAGAACAGAACAGUCAAGUUGCAGCAAGCUGUUGAGGCGGCUACAAGGAAAGGAGAAGAGAUCUAUGAAAGUGUUAACAAGUGGCUGAACGAUGCAGGCAAAGCUAUUGAAGAAGCUGAGGAAUGUAUCAAAGGCGAAGAACAAGCGAAAAAGAGGUGUUUCGUUGGAUUAUGUCCUGAUUUGAAGACACGCUACCAGCUUAGCAAGAAAGCAGAGAAGAAAGCUCUGGCAAUUCAUGAGCUUGCGAGUGUAGACGACCAUAAUCCAAUUUCCUUCCUUCCCCCUGUACAGCAGAUAGUUGCCCCGCCAGUAUAUGCUCGUGAGGGCUUGAAUUCAAGAGAGUUGUUCUUGGAGAAAGUUAUGGAUGCACUAUUGGAUCCAGAUCUUAAUAUGAUCGGGGUGUAUGGACUUGGAGGUGUGGGUAAGACCACCCUAGCAGAACAGGUCCACAGAAAAGCUCUGGAAGGGAAGCGAUUCGGCGUCGUCGCUAUGGUUGCUGUAGGUCAAACACCAGAACUCCGAAGAAUUCAAUCGGAGAUCGCUGAUAUCCUGGGCUUGGAAUUUAAGUCGGAGGAAAUACCUGGAAGAGCUAAUCGGCUAUAUGAGAGGUUGAAGAAAGAGUUGGAGAAAGAGAAGACAGAGUUGGAGAAAGAGAAGAAGGUACUUAUAAUUCUUGAUGAUGUUUGGAAAAAACUUGAUUUAAAUGCCGUAGGAAUUCCCUUUGGAGAUGGUUUCAAAGGAUGCAAAAUACUUCUCACCUCAAGGAGACAAGAUGUGUUAUCUCGCGAGAUGGGCACACAGCAAGAAUUCAAGCUCGACGUUCUACAGGACGAAGAGGCCCGGAGUUUGUUUGAAAUAACUGUAGCAGGUGCUAAAGAUUCAGAAUUGCCCCCUAUCGCCGCAGAAAUUGCUAAAAAAUGUGCAGGAUUGCCUCUUCUACUGCUCACAGUGGCGACAGACUUGAGAAAUAGAGAACCACACGCGUGGAAAGAUAAGCUGAAACAGCUAUCUGAGUUUGACAAUGAAGAAAUAUAUUCGAAAGUGCACGCUGUUCUGAAGUCAAGCUACAAUAAUUUGUGUAGCAAUGAAGUCAAGUCGUUUUUCUUGCUCUGUGGUCUUAUAGGACAAUCUAAUAUUGAAAUCCAGUCCUUGCUGAAAUACAUUAUGGGUCUUAGUUUAUUCAAGAACAUUACUGUGGAAGACGCAAGAAACAAAGUAUAUAGUUUGAUUGAUACCCUUAAAGCGCAGAGUUUAUUGCAAGAUGGCGACAUGUAUGGAUUCGUAAAAAUCCAUGAUGUUGUUCGAGAUACUGCUCUCUCGAUUGCAUCUAGAGAGCAACAUGCGUUUGUAGUUACAAGUGGCAAGGAGUUUGUGAAAUUUCCAAAUAAGGAUUGCACCAGAAUUUCUCUGCAGUAUUGUGAUAUUGAAAAUCUCCCCGAAGGAUGGGAGUGCCCAAAAGCAGAGGCACUAUUCCUUUUCACAGACGUUUUUUGUUUGGAAAUUCCAGAUCAGUUUUUCAAGGGCAUUAGAAACCUGGAAGUAGUGGAUUUUACUGGGAUCCAUUUUGUGUACCUCCCUUCAUCGCUUGCUUUCCUAUCCAACCUUCAUACCCUUUGCUUGCAUCGAUGCCAACUGGACGACUUAGGUAUCAUUGGAGACUUGAAGCAACUACGAGUUCUUAGUUUUGCAAACUCCAAUGUUGUUGAGUUGCCCAGAAAAAUAGAGCAGCUGGCUCGACUAAAAGUCUUAGAUGUGAGCAAUUGUUCCAAACUCAAAAUGAUUCCAGCAAAUGCCUUAUCAAAGCUGUCGGAGCUUGAAGAACUGUACAUGAGUAACAGCUUUGUUGAGUGGGAGGCCGAUGGGAACAAUGCAAGCCUUGCUGAGUUGGAAAAGUUGUCUCAGUUGACUACCUUGGAAAUGCAAAUACUGGAUGACAAGAUAUUACCAAAACACUUGUUCUCCAAUGGCCGCUUGCAGAGCUUUAGAAUACUUAUAGGGGAUAACUGGGACUGGAAAUGCAACUAUAAAACCUCCAGAACGCUGAAACUUAAGCUCAAGACAAGCAUUCAUUCAGGAUACGGGAUUAAAGUGCUAUUGAGGGAGACUGAAGAUUUAUGCUUAGAUGAAGUGAGGGAGGCUGAGAACUUGUUAUAUGAUAUUGAUGGGGAUGGCUUUCCAAAAUUGAAGUAUCUCCGAGUCCAAAAUAAUCAUGUCAUUCAACACAUUAUCAAUUCGACCAAGUGGGCAGCAUGUGAUGUCUUUCCAAUUCUAGUCUCUUUGAUUUUGGAAAAUUUAAUGAAGUUGGAGAAGAUUUGUCAUGGUCGACUCACACCAGGAUCUUUUAAUAAAUUAGAAAUUUUACAAGUGAGAAAUUGUGGAAGAUUAACGCAUCUCUUCUCAUUAUCUACUGCCAAAUGUCUUUUGCAACUACAGGAAAUGAAAGUGGAAGAUUGUCCUAAGAUGGAAGCUAUUGUUAUUGAUGAAAGUGAAAACAGUAAAGAAGUGCUUGAAUUCAAUCGCUUGCGCUCCUUGAAUUUGCAAAAUCUUCCGAAUCUUAGAACCUUUCACAGCAAAAUGAAGACGCCACUGAAAAUUGAGGAAUUUCUGUCACAACAGCAGAGUGAUACUCACUUAUCACUUUUCAGCAGAACGGUUUCUUUCCCCAACUUAGAGAAUCUUCUAUUACAUUCAGUUAAUUGUGAAAAGAUAUGGCACGACCAACUUUCUGCAACUUCUUCAAAAUUAGAGAUCUUGUUUGUCAAAGAUUGCAACGAGUUGAAGCAUUUAUUUACAGCUUCAAUUGUUAAAAGACUCUUGCAGCUCAAAACACUUCAAAUUUAUGAUUGUAGUUUCAUGGAAGAGAUAAUACUAACAGAGGAAUUUAUAGAAGAGGAAGAUGAGAGGAUGAAUCAGAUACUCUUCCCUAAAUUGGAUGAGCUGACACUUUGGAAUCUUCCAAACUUGAUUAGAUUAUGCACUGGAUAUCAAAUUGAAUUUCAAUCUCUUAAAGACUUGAACAUAAGCAAUUGCAAUGCAUUGAUGUGCUUGGUCCCCAGUGUCCCUCAUACAGGCAUGAUGGAAAAACAAGAUGACAGUCAGAAUCAGAAUCAAAAUCAGAAUGCUGAAAUUCAAUCUCUCUUCAAUGGAAUGGUUGGUUUUCCUAACUUGGAGAGAUUGAGACUCUCAGGCAUAAAUGAGUUGAAAAGGAUAUGGCACAGCCCACUUGCGCCAAAUUCCUUCUUUAAACUGAAAUCGUUGAACGUUUUUAAUUGCCAGAAAUUGAUGGUUGUUUUUCCAUCAAACGUCUUAGAAAGAUUCCGAAGGAUGGAGGAGUUGCAUGUGUCCUAUUGUGCUUCGUUGCAAGAGAUAUAUCAACUUGAAGGGUUCAAUGUUGAUGAAUCAUUUGAGCUGAGAAGUUUAAAUAUAUGGAGACUGAGGUCGUUGAAACAUGUAUGGAAGAAAGAUGCACAAAGAGUUUUCGGUUUUCAAAAUUUGAAAUCAGUUGAAGUUUUUGAGUGCGAUAUUCUAAACUGGACACACAUUUUUGAAUGUCAGAAAUUGACAACUUUGAAUGUUUAUAGUUGUCACAAAAUAAUAAAAUUUAGUUCCCAAGAAAUACAGGAAGAGGACAGACAACCCCUACUUUUUUUGGAAAAGAUGAGUCCCAACUUGGAGGAAUUGACUUUAGAGCACAAGGACUUGAUUGCCAUACAGCAAGGACAAUUCUUUUCUAAACUCAAAAUGCUUACUUUGAUCAACUUACAGAACAAAUCAUGCCCUUUUAUAAUUGGUUUCCUUGAAAGAUUAUAUUCUGUGGAAACAAUUUUGGUAAAAGAUUAUAAUUCUUCAGAAGUGUUAGAAGAGUUGUUCUCAUAUGAAGGACUUGCCGGAAAAGAAGAAGAACAUGCCAGGACACUUGCACCAGUGAAAAAUUUGAAGCUAGAGUACCUUUUUAAUUUAAAGCAUAUAUGGGACCCAGACUCCGGACUGAAACCACUUCUUCAGUAUCUCGAGACUUUGACUGUAUCUUGGUGUAGUAGUUUGAUCAACGUAGCACCAUCCUCAUCAUCUUUCCAAAAUCUAGCAACUCUUCAAGUGAGUUACUGUGCAGGAUUGGCAAACUUGAUAACAGCGUCCACAGCCAAGUCCAUGGUGCAUCUCACCAAAAUGUCAAUACAACAUUGCAGUAUGAUGACAGAAAUAGUGACCAGCGAUGGAGAUGAUCAUACAGAGGAUGAGAUUAUUAAUUUUGACAAACUGAAAUGUUUGGAACUUGAUGAUCUGCCUGGUCUCAUCAGCUUUUGCUCUGGCAAUAAUGCCUUCAAUUUUCCAGCUUUAGAAAAUGUUACCGUCAAUGAAUGCUCCCGGAUGAAGAUUUUCGCUUUCGGAGAUCCAAAUACACCAAAACUACGAGGAAUACUCCUGGGAGAUCAACAGCGUUGGGAGGGAAACCUUAAUGCAACACUAGCAGAAAUGACAUUUUGCAAAUAUUUUAAAGCAUCUGAAUUUCCUGAGUUCUGGCAUGAUGGGAUGCAAGGGAGACUCUUACGCAAUGUAGAAAGGCUCGAGGUGGAUAAAUGUGCAAUGUAUAACAAAGCUAUACCAUCCAAUGUACUGGUGUUUUUAAACAAGCUGGAAGAGCUUGAGGUGAAAGACUGUGAUUCAGCAGAUGUAGUAUUUGAUUUGGAAGGGGUAUCUGCUGAUGAUGGGCUACUUCCACGACUAAAGAAAUUGGAAUUAACAAGUCUUCCAAUGUUGAGACAUUUAUGGAACAAGGAUCCCAUAGGAAUUUUGGAGUUCAAGAACCUAAAGUGGCUUCAUGUUGGAAACUGUAGCAGCUUGAAGUAUAUUUUUACCUGGUCGAUGGCAUUGUGCCUCUUGCAACUUGAAAAGAUAGAGUUGAACAAUUGUAAGAUGAUUGAAGGAAUCAUAGAAAAGGAGGAAACAGAGGAAGCAGUUAAUUCAGCCGAUAAGAUGAUAUUGCAUUCAUUGAAAUCUGUAGUCCUUAAAUGUUUGCCUAGAUUUUCCAGAUUGUGUUCAGGAUGGAGUAAUGUGGAAUGUCCAUUGUUGGAGGAGAUGAGCAUACAUGAAUGUCCAAGCUUAAAGAAUAUCUUUGCCACACAGACACUGGUGAACACAAUUGAUGAGUUUCAUAAGAUGUUUCCAAAUUUGGAAAAGUUUUCGUUAGACAAGAAGUCUACCAUAACCAUACUUGGAUUUCAAUUUCCAACAGGCUUCUUUUCCAAAGUAAAAGUUCUUGAAUUGAGUUUCUUUCUAAACAAAUAUCAUGUUCCUCUGUUUAGUUUACUUCCAAUAUUCCCCAAUCUCGAAAGAUUUGAAGUUCUUGAUUCUUCUCUCAACAAGCUACUUCCAUUUGAAGGACUGGUUAGUGACCAAGAAGAUAUCACUAUAAUCCCACAGAUAAGAGAUUUAAAGCUUAAAAAUCUUCCUGAUUUGAAGCAUAUAUGGAAUCCAGAUGGCCAACUGCAUGACCCAUUAUUUCAGUCUCUUGAGACUUUUGAGAUAGAGUUUUGUGGAAAUUUGAUUGUUUUAGCACCAUCCUCUGUGUCUUUGGGAAAUCUGAAAACUCUCAAAGUAUAUGGAUGCAACACAUUGGCAAAUAUUUUUACAUCAGCCGCAGCCAAAAGUAUGGUACAACUUGAGACAUUGAUUGUAAGAUCUUGCAAUAUGUUGACCGAAAUAAUGGGAGGUGUUCAAGAGGAUGGAUCAACUGAUGAGAUUGCUUUCAGUAAAAUGAAAACAUUAGAACUUGAAGAUUUACAGAACCUCACAUGCUUCUGCUUUGGCAGUUACACUUUCAAUUUCCCAUCUUUAGAACAGGUGACUGUUUUUAGAUGCCCCAAGUUGAGGAUUUUCACUGUCCGCAAGCUGAGCGCACCAAAGAUACAUGGUGUAUUCAUAGGCCGCAGAUUCAAUCAAACAUUUCAUUGGGAAGGUGAUCUCAAUGCGACCAUUGAACAGAUUUAUAUGAAAUAUAUUGGAUUUGAAUGGAUAGAUGAUGUUCAACUCUCCAACUUUCCAAUGCUGAAAGAAAAAUGGCAUGGCCAAUUUCCAUUCGAGAACUUGAGACACAUAAGGAGACUGGUGGUGGACGAGUGUGCAUUUUUCUCAAAUGCCAUAUCAUCAAAUCUACUAAAGCACUUGUCCUGUUUAAAUGAGUUGGCUGUAGAAAGAUGUGAUUCAGUAGAAGAGUUGUUUGAUUUAGAAGGACUAAAUGAUGGGUUAGUGAAGUCUUUAAAAGAAUUGAGGUUAAUUGAUUUGCCUAGAUUGAGGCAUGUGUGGAACAAGGAUCCUCAAGGAAUUUUGAGCUUUAGAAACCUAACAUUGUUGAAAGUUGAGAAUUGUAGCAGCUUGACUAAUAUAUUUACUCUGUCCAUGGCUUCGGGUCUUGUAAAGCUCAAACAUUUGGAAUUGAAAAGAUGCAAUUUGGUGGAACAUAUCAUCACAAAAGAAGCAGAAGAGGAAAUAGCAAAGGAUAAUACCAUAUUUCCAGCAAUGGAGUCCAUGAGUCUAGAGUGUUUGCCUAACUUGUCAAGUUUUUAUUCUGCAAGCGAUGUUCUGAAAUGCCCAUCCUUGAAAAGAAUUGAGAUGGUUGACUGUCCAAACAUGGAGCUAUUAGCUUCUAAAUUUUGCAAAGAACAUGAUCUAAGCAUGAUUGCUGAGGGAAAUGGAGAAAGAAUUGCAGCCUCUUCUGACGGAAAGGUUGUCAUCCCAAGUCUAGAAGAAUUAAGAGUGGAAUGUAACACCAUAAAGAAUCUGUGUUCUCAAACAUCUCAAGCUGAUUUCUUGUGUGGACUGAAAGCCAUUGAGUUGACAUGUAUUUCUAGUGACUCUACACUUUUGCCAUCUCAGUUCUUUGAAAGUUUACCCAUUCUGGAAAAGCUUGUUCUGAGUGAUGCUUCUUUCGAAGAUUUCAUUUUCUGUGAAGAGAUUAUUGGCGAGGAAAUACAUCCUCAAUCACUAGUGAAAGUGAAAGAACUAAGUUUGUCUAAACUGCCAAGGCUCAAGCAUCUCAGGGACGCCAAACUACUCUCAAUUUUCCAAUCUCUGGAUACUUUAAAUGUAAUGGAAUGUGGUAGAUUGCAAGUGUUAGUGGCAUCCUCUGUUUCUUUCCAAAAUCUAACAACACUGCAGGUAUCAAAUUGCCAAGGUCUAGUAAAUUUGUUGUCUUCUUCAACAGCGAGAAGUCUUGAACGACUUGAAAAAAUGAAGAUAGAGGAAUGUGAACUGAUACAAGAAGUUAUAGUGGCUGAAGUAGAUAAAGAAGAAGAAGAGAAUGAGAUUUGCUUCAACCAACUGAAAUGUUUGGAACUUCGACGUCUACCAAGUCUCUCUAGCUUCUGCUCUGGGAAUUUGACCUUUAAUUUCCCAUCUUUGGAAGAAGUAAUCCUUGUAGAAUGCCCCAAUAUGAAGAUUUUUGCUCAAGAAGUAAGCACGCCGCAGCUGUGGAGAGUUCAAACAGGAGAACAAUUUAAAUAUGAUAAAGAAUGGGAUUGGGAGUGGGAGUGGAAAGGUAGCCUUAACAACACCAUUCAAGUUAUAUGUGAUUGGGAGUGGGAAGGCAGCCUUAACAACACCAUUGAAGCACUAUUUAAGGAAAAGAAAGCUGAAGAGACGAGGAUAGGCCAGUGUUCAUAUGGGUGAGCUUGAAUAAGGCCAAUGUUCAUAUUCUAAUUCACCAACUUGCUUGACUGCUAUACUUCUUCUCAUUCAAGGUUUUUUGAGUGAAAGUUGAAAAAAGAAACGAAAGAGGCUGAAUCGAAGAAUUAUGGAAUUGAAAGGUUGCAAUCUUUGUCAAACCUGUAGUAGAAGGUGAUGAGAAGUUUCAAAAAGCGUCACCUCAUUAGAUUUUGCCACAAAAAUAUGAUAAGUUUCAAGUUGGAUCAAACACAAAUAGGAAUAAGAUAGGCGUAGUAAAAUUUAUUUUAAAUUAUUAAAUUUUAUCUUUUUUGUGCCCGUAUAAAGGUUUCUAGAAUUAAACUUAGAUAUCAUAUUUUCUCCUUCUUCCCUUCA